CUUAUCACUAAUGACAGGUUUGUAAGUGUUAAUCACCGAGUCUUAUCACAGAACACAGGCCCAAGAAUUUCAGUAGCAAGCUUCUUUGUGAACUCUCCUGAUCCAGAUAAAGGUGGAUCAAAGAUUUAUGGUCCUAUUAAGGAACUACUUUCAGAAGAAAACCGACCAAUCUACAAAGACGUUACUAUAAAAGAAUAUUUAGAACAUUAUUUUGCAAAAGGCCUUGAUGGAAAUUCUGCUUUGGAGCCCUUCAAGUUGUGAAUUCGACAUGUGAAUGUACUUUUGAUUCUCGUGGAGCUAGCCAUAAUCUAUCUAAAUAACAAGUCACGUUUUCCGCAAUUAGCGUGCUCUAUAUGUAUCAAGUUUCAGAGACAGAAAUAAAUGUGUUAUCUAUACUCUAUAGAUCAAUAUUAAUAUUUUAACCUUAACAGUUUUACUAGUGCUGUGAAAUAGAUUGUUAUUUGUUGGUGAAGUUAUUCUGUUUAUGAUUUGAUUGGAAAUUUUUGCUGCUUCAUUUUUGGAGAUUAUUUAUACUACAUCACACAAUUGACAUAAUCACUUAAAAAGAGUGUAACCAAAUGGUUAACGAGCUCUUCCUACGACGAAGUGUUCGGAAGAAUCCGAAUUCAAUGAAAGGUAUAAUUUUUAUCAAACUUUACUUCCCUGAAAAUCGGAGGGUUGACAUAAAAAAAAUAAAAAAAUAGAGAGUGAUAUAGUGAAUAGAAACUUCAUGAAUAUGACAUAGUUAGGGGGUAGAUAUGCAAAUAAAGUACACAUGAAAUAUGGUGCACAGUAGACAGAGCCUACUUUGUGGUCCUCCUUAUUUUCUUAGGAUAAGUCCUUCUCUGUCAGUUUGAUAUGUCUGCAUUUUGUAGGAAUCAGAAAGCACUACUAUUCUGGUGUUGUUUCCACCUGUCAAUAUGGUGGUAAAUGACACAAUCCAAUUAGAGGAAUCAACUGAUUCUACUUAUGAUAGAGAAGCUGAAAUGAAAGCUUUUGAUGAUUCGAAAGCAGGCGUCAAUGGUUUGGUGGAGUCUGGGAUAUCAAAGAUUCCAGCCAUCUUCCAUAGGAAGUUGGACAUCACCGAAAACUCAGCCGGCGAUAACUCAAAGUUGAGCAUUCCGAUCAUAGACCUCAAAGACAUACAUAAAGAUCCAGCUCUUCGUGUAGAGGUAAUUGAUAAAAUUCGAAGUGCAUGCCAUGAGUGGGGAUUUUUUCAGGUGAUUAAUCAUGGAAUUCCUGUUACUGUCUUCGAUGAAAUGAUAGAUGGGAUUCGUAAGUUUCAUGAACAAGAUGUUGAUGUAAGAAAAGAGUUUUAUACGCGUGAUUUAAAGAAAAAGGUUACGUAUUUCUCCACUGGAACGUUAUAUAGUGACCAAGCUGCUAAUUGGAGAGACACCUUUGCUUUUGUUGUUGCUCCUGAUCCAUUCGAACCAAAUGAAGUACCACCAAUAUGCAGAGAUAUCAUGAUUGAAUAUUCACAGAAAAUACAGGAUUUGGGUUUCACAAUCUUUGAGUUAUUGUCAAGGGCACUAGGACUUGAUUCUUCUUAUCUCAAAGAGUUGAAUUGUGCCGAAGGACACUUCAUUAUGGGUCACUACUAUCCACCAUGCCCUGAACCUGAGCUAACUAUGGGUGCUACUAAGCAUACUGAUUAUAGCUUCAUGACAUUACUUCUACAAGACCAACUUGGUGGUCUUCAAAUUCUUCAUGAUGAUAAAUGGGUCAAUGUUCCUCCGGUACAUGGAGCUCUUGUUGUGAACAUAGGAGAUCUUCUACAGCUUAUCACAAAUGACAGGUUUGUAAGUGUUAAUCACCGAGUCUUAUCACAGAACAUAGGACCAAGAAUUUCUGUUGCAAGCUUCUUUGUGAACUCUCCUGAUCCAGAUAAAGGUAGAUCAAAGAUUUAUGGUCCUAUUAAGGAACUGCUUUCAGAAGAAAACCCACCUAUCUACAAAGACGUUACUAUAAAAGAAUAUUUAGAACAUUUUUUUGCAAAAGGUCUUGAUGGAAAUUCUGCUUUGGAGCCUUUCAAGUUGUGAAUUCGACAUGUGAACGUACUUUUGAUUCUCGUGUAGCUAGUCAUAAUCUAUCUAAAUAACAAGUCAUGUUUUCUGCAAUUAGCGUGCUCUAUAUGUAUCAAGUUUCAGAGACUGCAAUAAAUGUAUUAUCUAUACUCUAUGGAUCACACACUAUCAUCUUUGUACAAAUUCAGAUUAAA